AUGGUAAAAGAAAAGAAAAAAAAGUAUAAAAUUGGAACGUGUUUUGGAUGUCAAAAAUAUUUAUAUUGCGGAAUAAACUUAGAAAAGGAUAUAUGUAAAUGUAAAAAAACAGUUAAACCAACUAGAACAAAUAGAACAGUUCAAGUUAAAACUGCAUAUCCAAGAAUGUUUAACCCUACUUCUUCUAAUCAUAAACAAUUUAACUUUAUCAAAAGUAAAAAUGAAUGCUUUCAAUACGGAUAUGAUUUUAAAAAAAACAUUCAAUUAUCAUUUUGCUCAACAUGCAAUAGUUCUUAUCAACGUUUGUCUUCUAAAAAUUCUAACUCUUCUAAUAAAUCAAAUUUAACAGAAGGAACAGAAAAUACAGAAGAAAAAGAAACAGGAGGAACGAAAGGAACUGAUAUUGCAAAAAUAAUUGAUCUUGAAGCUACCUCUUCCGAAAUUUCUACAACAAUAAUUCAAAGUGAAUCUAAAUAUAAUAAUUCAGAAACUGAAAAUGAGAGUGAUGCUGAAUUAGAAUUGGAAGUUAAUUACAAACUUGUUAUCAAACAAGCAGAUGAAAAAGCUCAAGGAGCGGGUACUCUAUUAGUAGAUGUAUGUGAUUUUGAGAAUUUUAAAUCAGAAUAUAUUAAACUUGCUGCUGCAAAGAAGGUUGUGCUUAUUCUUAUUACCAUGAAAAAAAAGGAAAAGCUAGUUAAACGAAAAAAGAAGCUUAAUGGUCUUGCAACGGUUAAAGAACCACCAACACAUCCUUCAUUUGCAUAUACACACCCACCAAAAAAUAGAUCUCAAUCCAUUAUACCACAAUUUUCUAAUAAUAUACAAGAUUCAAUUAAUCCUUUUUUUUCUAAUAUUUUACAAGCAUUAGUCACUCCACAUUUUUUCCAACCACCGCAAUCACAACAAUCAUUCCAACAACCACCAUUACAACCAUCAUUUCAACAGACAUCAUCACAUCCAUCAUCUCAACAAACUAUACCUUCAAUGGCCGAAUUUUUACAUCAAAUAGAUGAGAUAGAAAAAACGGAAGAUUAUUAUUUUAAAUUUUUAGAGGGAUUCGAAAAACAAAGAAUUAAAGUUAAACAUUUAAAUAAAUUGAAUGAUGCACAAUUCGAAGCUUGUGGAGUAAUUGCAAUUGGAGAUGUUGAAACUAUUAGAGAAGCUGCUCAAAAUUAUAAAUAA